GUCAGGCAGUCACCUGCCGAGUAGCGCCCGCUACAGCCGCGGAAUGUAUCUAUAGCGAUCGAUUCGCACCGAACUCACACCCACAGCGAUCUAUUUGCACCGAAAUUUAAUGUUUUAUUCUUCAAUAUCGCUUCUACCCGCGUAAUUGUGACGUGACAAAUAUUAAUAGUGAAGUGAAUGAAAUUUCUCUCCCAUUUUUGGGGUCUUGAUUAUUGUUGUAUCUUAUUUUACGGAUGUGCAGAAAUCAACAAAAUCUUGACCCCAGAAAGAAUAUCAAUAUGCUUACUUAAUAACUGUAAUGACGACACCGAUAAAGUAAAGUGACCGAUGACGUGAUACGUGAUAGUGUAUGAAUAAGUGAAAGAAACCAGGAAACAUGUGCAGCAAGGAUCAAAUCAGCCACAUCUUGGGGAAGAUCAAUGUGGGCCUGCCGUCGUGGUCGCGCGGCGUGGAGGCGGCGGAGGCAGCGCGUGCGCGGCUCGUGCGCUGGGCGUGCGGCGACGUGCCCGCGGAGCCCGAGCCGCCGCGCAAGAAGAUGCCGCACGCACUGCGCCGGCGCUGGCCCAUGUGCCCCUGCCUGCAGAAUGACGAGCCCCCUGAAAUCACGUACUGCGUGGUGGGCGAGGGCGGCGGGGGCCUGGCGCUGCAGGCGGUCACCCCCACGCACCCUAUGCCGCCGCAGGACGAGCUGGACGCCAAGUUCGCUGAACUGGUGGAAGAGUUGGACUUAACAGCGGUGAACAAGGCGGCGAUGAUGGAACUGCCUGCGGCUAAGAAAUGGCAGAUCUACUGCAGCAAACGGCCGCCUCCCGGACAACAGCCGCCUCUAGCCACCGCGCCGCAAGUUGAAGACUACAUCAAAGCUCUCAAUGAAAUUGCUGAUGCUUUUGCAUCAUCAGAAGAUGAUGGCGUUUCCCCUACAGAAGCGUGUGCACUAGUCGACGGGUUGAAGACUGCGUUGAGGACCCGAGCUCACAGUUUCGUCAUCCGCUUCAUCAAGCAAGGCGGACUUGCCGCCUUGCUCGAGGCGCUGCAACGGGCGCCACGAGACGAUGCCAUCACGAGGCAUAAUCUCAUCGCGGGAAUUAAAGCCUUGAUGAACAAUUCUACGGGUCGAGCUCAUGUCUUGGCACAUCCGACUAGUAUCGACCUGAUUGCUCAAUCGAUGGACACGGAGAACGUCAAAACCAAAGUUGCUGCAUUGGAAAUCCUUGGUGCCGUAUGCCUUGUACCAGGGGGACAUAAAAAGGUUUUAGAAGCGAUGGUCCACUACCAGAAAUACGCGGGAGAGCGUGCACGGUUUCAGGGCAUAGUCAAUGAACUGGAUCGCAGCACUGGCGCCUACCGAGAUGACCUGGGUCUCAAGACCGCCAUCAUGUCAUUCGUCAACGCUGUGUUGAACUACGGGCCCGGAGAGGACAGCCUGGAGUUCAGAUUGCAUCUGCGAUAUGAGCUCUUGAUGUUGGGAAUACAGCCUGUUAUCGAAAAACUGCGAAAGUACGAAAACGAGACUCUGGACCGGCACAUCGAGUUCUUCGAGAUGAUUCGGAACGAGGACGAGAGGGAACUAGCCAGAAGGUUCGACAAGCAACACGUGGACACUAAGAGUGCGGCGGCCAUGUUUGAAUUGCUGAGACGGAAACUGAGUCACACCGCUGCGUAUCCCCAUUUGCUGUCCAUGUUAGAGCACCUUUUGCUAUUACAAUUGGAGUACAACCCGCACGCACAGCACUGGCUUCUGCUGGACCGAGUUGUGCAGCAGGUGGUAUUGCAGCAGCCAUCAGCCGGCAGUCGUGCCAACAGCGACCGCGACAGCACCACCGACACCUGCUCCGAUCACAUUAAAGUAUACGAUCCCGAUGUCGCUCCCUUAGAGAUCAAUGUGGGCGAAAUCGUCCACCUACUGGCUAAGGAGGAAGAAUUAGUUGCUGCGAGAUCGAAAGCGGAGAACUUGGAGAGAGAAAAUGUUGACUUAGCCACUGAGUUGGCGAAAAAGGAGAAGCAAGUGGACCAAAGCACGCAAGAGAAGGAAGAGUUGGAGGGAGUUCUCUCUCGGCUGAAGGACAGGUUGGAGAGGGAGACAGCCGCACACAUGGAGUGCACGGAGAGAGCGCGCGCGUCUGCGUGCAGGGCGCACCAGCUCGAACAGCAGCUCAAUCAAGAGCGUACCGAACGUGCGAGGUUUGAAAAACUAGUUAGCGAAGGAAGCAUCCCAGAUGAUGCCAAGGUCAGCAACCUAAAGAGCGCAGUUAUCGAAACCUGCAGCGUUCCCCCACCUCCACCUCCACCCUCCCUAUUCCCCCCGCCUCCCUCAGCACCUCUACCCCCUCCCGCACCUUUCGCACCUCCAGCACCCUUAGCGCCCGCACCUCCGAGGCCGAAGAAGAACGUCCCAACGCCAGGCAAUCCGUUGAAGAGUUUCAACUGGAGCAAACUUCCGGACACUAAACUGCACGGGACCAUUUGGCAGGAGUUGGAUGACACGAAGUUGUAUAACGCAAUGGAUCUGCACGCGAUAGAUAAAAUGUUCUGCGCCUAUCAGAAGAAUGGUGUUCAGAACGAGGGAUCCGUAGAAGACUUACGACAAUUGGGAUCCAAGCCACGUACGAAAAUUCUGUCAGUUAUUGAUGGACGUCGAGCACAGAACUGCACUAUUCUUCUCUCGAAACUCAAAAUGAGUGAUGAGGAAAUUUGUCGAGCAAUUCUACGCAUGGACAGCGGUGAACAGCUACCACUGGACAUGGUAGAACAGCUGGCGAAGUUCACACCGAGUGCCGAAGAAGCCGCCCUGCUGGAAGAACAUCAAGAUGAACUCGACAGCAUGGCGCGGGCCGACAGGUUUCUUUAUGAAAUCUCAAAGAUACCCCACUACUCGCAACGAGUCCGAACGCUGCUCUUCAAGAAGAAGUUCACGGGAGCGGUCGCUGAAGCCAGCAGUCGCGCUUCGGUUGUAUUGAGAGCUGCUAGAGACAUGACGCGCUCUAGGAGACUGAGGGCUUUGCUGGAGAUCGUGCUAGCUUUAGGAAAUUAUAUGAAUCGCGGUGCCCGCGGUAAUGCGUCGGGCUUCAGACUGACGUCGCUCAACAAGCUCGCAGACACCAAGUCCAGUGUGACACGUAACACUACGCUGCUGCACUAUCUUGUCGAGUUGCUGGAGACACAGUUCAAAGAUGUACUCCUCCUCGAGGAAGAUUUACCGCACGUGCGAGCAGCCGCCAAAGUUUGCGUGGACCAACUAGAGAAGGACGUUGGCGCCCUUCGCAACGGUCUGCGCGAGGUGUCAAGAGAAUUGGACUACCAUGCGACUUUACAAGUACCGGCGCAACCAAACGAUGCUUUCGUUCCUGUGAUGAGGGAGUUCCACGCGCAUGCGGUGUGCUCUUUCACGCAACUUGAGGAUCUAUUCCAGGACAUGAAGAGUCGCCUCGAAGCUUGUGCGCAUGCUUUCGGCGAAGAGCCAAGCGCUUCACCAGAGCAGCUAUUCGGCGCUCUGGACUCGUUCCUCGCGCAGUUGACCGAAGCCAGGGCCGAGUGCGAUGCGGCCAGGAGACGACGGGACGAAGAGGAGAGGCGGACACGCCAUGAGCAAGAGCUCAAAAAGCGAACGAUGGAGAGAAAGCAAGGUUCCAGUCUGCUGAGUUCUGUGGGCAAAUCCCUCGGCAAGUCCAACGGGUCCUCCGAUUGCAACGGCCACAGUACGGGAGACAACUCCAGAGAUGGAACCUUGACCAAUGGACAGAAAGGUGAAUUCGACGACCUCAUAUCUGCGCUAAGAACUGGAGACGUCUUCGGCGAUGACGUGGCUAAGUUCAAAAGGUCGAGGAAAACGACCAAGGGUCAUAAAGGCAGGGAUUCACCACCCCGGGGAGUUUGCAGGGAAGAUUCCAGAGAACGGCAAAAGAAUUGAGGUAAUUCGGAAUUGAUUUUGGAGUUUCGGAUUUCUUUGAAAAUGUGAUUUAAUGAACAUUAUGUUUGAAGUGAUAUUUACCAGUGUUGAAUGUAGAUGACAUUGUAGAUAAACUAAACGAGUCACAAAUAAUUAUUGUCGAUGAUGUAGACGAAUAGGUUAAUAGGAAUAAUUGCGCCAAAUAUUCAGUUUCUUUAUAGGAUUACUCGAUGUCCAUUUGUAAUGCAAAUAUAUUUAAAAUAUUUGCUAUAAUAUUUAAUUGUGAGUUUAUUCUUAUCGGAAAAGAAUUAUCCAUUUUUAGAUGUUUUUUGUUUAUGACGCUCUCAUAUACAAUUUAUUACAAAUACUCAAAUUUUCUUGUUUUUUUUUCGAUAAAAAAUGGGACCGACUCGUCCCAUUUUUUUCCGGCUUCACUUAACAAAUUUGCAUUCUCGUGUUAUAAAAUAAAAUUGAGCUUAAAGUAAUUCGACGCUUGUAAAGAAAUUAAAUAUUUGGCUGUAUUUAUGCGACGUAUCCAAUAGAUAAAUAAUAAUAAUAUAGUCAACUAUUUUAUUUGACAACGAUUAACAAUAUUAUCGGCAGAAAUAUUUAAAAUACUUGGUUGUGCCUAAUUUUGUAAUUGGUGAUUUUAUUCAUCAGAAAACAACAUGUGACUGCAGGUCCAAGACUGUAUAUCAUAUUCCUUUUAUUAAUUCAAAUUUUUUCGAAAUAAGGGGGGCAUCGGUUUGAAUUAAAUUUCACAUUGACACAUCUUUUUCCAUGGGUUUUUAUCUUUUUAUAUUGUUUUUUUUUGGAAUAAAUAUAACUUGGACAUAUGCGGAUUGGCAGAUUUCUAUUAAAUCAUUUGCUGUCAUCAACUGAGAUACGAUUAUCUUGUGUCAGUUAAAAUGGACAGAAAAUUUAAAACAAGCUUCCUUUAUGCCAAAACGUUUUAAAAUAGGUUUUUGAUCACCCGCCAGUCCUUAUAUUUCCUCAAGAUGAUUGUAUACACUUCAUAGAGCACAUUUUUCAACUUACAUAUCGCACAUAAAAUUGAACCAAUUAAAUAAUAAUUAUCCCAAAUAUACAUUGGUUAGAAACAGUUUUCUAUUACGUUUAAGUCGGGUUUUUACCGCAAUGUGAAGGCAGUACGCGCGAAUGCUUGAAUUUUAUUUCUGGCAUACCGGAACGAGAGAUAUCUGAUAAUGGUCCACCAUUCGUUUGCGUUUUAUUCAAUGACAUAUUAGCUAGCGUACUGUCUGAGAUGGAAGUAUGUUAGGGGAAUGCCAGUUUAUUGAACUCAUGCCCUAAUAAGUUUCUAUGAGACAUCGCAUUGGAUCCCUACAGCGCUUAGUGGAACUAUUUUGCCUAGUAGGAUAGCAUCUAACGAUCCAAAUCCAAUCCAAAACGGUAUCUAAGCAAGCUCAAAAAUAUAUUUUUGCGGUAGUUAUAUGUCAACUCAAAUCCUAGUGUAAUUUACGAACAUUAUAGUAAUAUUGUAAGUAGAAGACUGCAUGUCCUAUCAUAGGACAACUUUGUCGCUCAGUGUGCACUAUCCCUAAGUCCGUGAACGCACUGUGGUUUUUUUCAGCACCUGAUUUUAAAAUAAGAACUUGCAUAUUUGAUAGAUUUGUUAUAAUAUAUACGGGUGGUUUUAAAGCACCAGUGCGUGAACUGUGAUUUUGGGGUAUAUUUACUAUUUAAUAUAUAAACCUAGUUACAUCUUGCGGCUUAGUCUGAACGAUACAAAACGAUAUAAUAAAUCCUCUUUUAUAGAAAUGCAAGGUUGUGUAAAGAAAAUGUUUCUGGGUUGGGUUCUGUAAAAAAAUUGCAGGGCUUUUUUAGACUUAGCCAUGUACUUGAAAAUCCGAUUAAAGAUUUUGGAAUUGUCAUUAUUACUCUCAACUACUGAUCAAAGAUUAGGAAUUGAUCGUAUCUAUGCCUAAGUUUAAAUGUGUACGGCGUAAUUUUGCAAGUUUUGUAACUUAUACUUAUUGUAAUAACUACACCAUAUUUGGGGGUUUUCGAUAAAUUUACAUUUUGUAAUUUUACAUACUUUCUUAUUAUAGUUCGAUCUGAUUUUGGAUAAGUUGUGGUUUUGUAUUUAGAGGAUAAUUUAAGGCUUACAUACACAGGCUUACAUGUUGUUUUAAAAGUGCAUUUGUGCAGUAACCGCGCGAUUCGACCCCACUGUGUGCGUUAGCCUUAAAUCAUUUUUGUGAGAAUUAAUUAUAUUUAUGUAUGUACACCGAGUUUUAAUAUUAUAGUGUCAUUAGUUUCCUGUAAAUAUUAAUUUUAAUUUUAUUACUUUAAUAAAUACGUUGCAAUCUGUUACCGUGAUGAGAUGGAUUUUUUUAAAACAAUUAAUUUAUUUAAUUACAACCUAAUACCUAUAGAACUUUGUCAUAUUAUGUAAAUUUUAUUGUUUUGUUCAAGAUUACUUAAGCUUAUA